UACCAACAGAUUUGUUUGGUUUUUAGUUGCAAAUUUUUCUUAACCUAAAAACCAUUUCCCGAUAAUGAAUUUUUCUCUUGUCAGGAAAAACUAAUUGAAAAUGAUUACCUUAAACGAAGUUGUUGUGAAAUAUGGCAUUCUGGUUUUCCUAUGGUCCGAGUACUUAUGGGAAUUAUAUUUGUCAAUAAGACAGCACAAAAAAGGCUAUGCGACUACAGAAGUCCCUCCAGAAUUGAAGAACACAAUGACCAAGGAGACUUUUAGCAAGGCCAGGUUGUACAUGUUGGCCAAAAGCAAGUUUGGUAUGAUUAGAGAAACCUUUUCUGUAAUUGAGUCAACGGUAAUAAUAUAUUUUGGUAUUUUACCGAAAAUUUGGGAUUAUUCCCAAUCUCUGAACCCUUACGGUGGUGAAGUUUUAACGAGUUGCAUUUGGUUGUUUAUUCUCACAACAAUUUUGACGAUUAUUGAUCUGCCAUUAACUAUUUAUAAUACUUUCGUUCUUGAGGAAAACUUCGGUUUUAACAAGCAAACAACCGGUUUUUUCAUUUGGGAUAAAAUCAAGGCUUAUAUUUUAAGUCAAGUAUUCACAAUGAUGAUAUCUUCGGUUAUUGUAGUCACUAUUCAAAGCGGUGGGGCGUAUUUCUUUGUCUGGCUUUGGAUAGUUGUGUGUUCGAUUUGCUUCAUCAUGUAUGCAAUUUACCCGACGUUUAUCGCCCCAUUGUUCGACAAAUACACACCUCUCCCAGAGGGUGAAUUGAGGACGCAGAUUGAAAAUUUGGCUUCACAGUUGAAAUUCCCCCUGACCCAGUUGUACGUCGUUGAAGGGUCUAAACGUUCAAGUCACAGUAAUGCCUACUUCUAUGGACUUUUCAAUUCAAAACGAAUCGUCUUGUUUGAUACUCUCUUGGCGAAAGACGAUGGUACUGGUUGUAAAAACGAUGAAAUUCUAGCUGUCUUGUCUCAUGAGUUAGGGCACUGGCAUUAUAAUCACAUUGUGAAGAACUUUCUGGCGUUACAGAUUAAUUUGUUUUUGUUGUUUGCCGGCUUUUCGUACUUAUUUAAAUAUCCGGCCAUCUAUAAGGCUUUAGGUUUUUACAAAAGUCAGCCAGUUUUGGUCGGGUUGUACAUUGUUGUACAAUAUGUUAUGUUGCCCUACAAUGCCUGUUUGAGUUUCCUCCUCACUUGUCUUUCUCGAAGAUUUGAGUUUCAAGCCGACUCUUUCGCAAUUAAGUUGGGCAAAGGCAGCUAUCUGAUUAAUGCUUUAGUACAAUUAAAUAAAGAUAAUUUAGGAUUCCCUAUUUAUGAUUAUCUUUAUUCGUCAUGGCACCACUCUCAUCCUCCCUUACUUGAAAGGAUAGAUGUCAUCAAAAAGGCGCUUUAUAAGAAAGAUUAGUUGAUUAGUGUAACCAAAGUGUUUUUAAUUAAGAAUUCCAGUUAUUUUAUAAAACGAGAGUGAAUAAAUUGUGAAAAA